AUGGAAAACAACACGGAUUACCAGUUGUUACUACAAGAAAGACAUUCCAAUAUUUCUGUGAGCAGCACAAUAAUAAUUGUAAUUGGUGCUGUAAUCGGGAUCAUAGGAAACCUUACCAUUAUCUUUUUCUACUUUUUUCGCAUCAGAGAGAGAGGGGAGCGUUACUUUAUUCCGUUAUUGGCCAUUGUUGAUCUUGUGGCAUGUUUGACAAUCCCCCCUCUCUACAUUAUGGACAAUAUCUUUCUCUUCAAUUACCCAAGUGAUACUGUUUGUCGAAUUCUUUCGUUUCUUCAGAUGUGUGUUCCUGGAGCGUCGGCUCAUGUACUUGUGGUAAUAUCUUUACAAAGGUACCUUUUGGUUUGCAAACCAUUCGGUCCUAAAAUGACUUUAUUUUGGAAAAGAGUUUUCUUUGGAAUAGCAUGUGGAAUUGCUAUUGCAUAUUCUGUCCCGGUGCUACGAACUUCGGGGGUUUUAAGGAAGGUUGAUAAGUUUAUGAAUCACACCGUUACUAUAGAAAUAUGUAAAUUUUCCGUUGACACUUCACCAGUAUUAACCGCGUAUUUUGGACUUUUAUUCCUUAUAAUACUGGCAAACAUUGGGAUAACGACUGGACUCUAUGUGCCCGUUUUGAGACAGGUUCAGCUUUCUUUUCGUCGGAAAAUAAAAGUGAGAAGCACGCAAAAUGACUUUAACUUUCCUUUGCAUACCAAAUCUUCACAGAUAACACAAUUAACUGAACUUGACAAAGGAAAUUGUGGAAUUGAUGGCACAGAAUUACAAAGAGUUAAUGUGUCAAUCGAAGAAAAUGAACCACACAAACAUGAACACAUUGCAGAAACUUUAGAAGAAACAUCAGACAUCAACACACAGGAGGAAAUCAAAGUUCAAAACCCUGAUGGCACAGUGAAAUGCAAACAGGCGCGUCCUAAAGAUGGAUCCGUGCAGACAAGAAUCACAAAAAUGUUUCUUGUCAUAAUAAUUGCUUAUGUAUUGGCUUAUAUUCCACCGCUU